UACUCGACGACCGACCGCCGAACGGAGGUGUCGCAGUGACUCGUUCGUCGGACCAGAGGGUGGCUUAGUAGCACAAGUGCGUGCGGUGUGUAUGCGUGUUUGUAUGAAAGUGCGCGGGCGGUUACACGCUCGGCCGUGAGCGAUACGUGUGCGAUCCAAAUGCGUUAUAAUGUCCGCGUACGUGUCCCAUAAGAUUUUCGAGGACCGUCAAAGAAUUGCCAGUGCGCCGACAUAGUGACAGUCGCGCGUGUGCUUUCCCGAGGACCCGCGAGCGUCCGCCAUUUACAACUGUCACCGUUCUUCCUAUCGCCCACCUUCGACAGUGACCGAACGACAUCCGUGAACGAACCAUCGUCUGAAAUUCCUUGGAGCCAAAUCGGACCUCAGAGAAACGAGGAAAAAGUCUAUCGCCAGCACCGCCGCCGUCGUGACCCGACGUUGAAUUAAAAACAGUAGCAAAAUGUCGUCGGUAAAGGUGGCGGUGAGGGUACGACCCUUCAACAAUCGGGAGAUUUCGCGUGAGGCACAAUGCAUCAUCGAAAUGUCCGGCAGCACUACUUCGAUAUUGAACCCCAAAGCACCAUCGGGCACCAAAGAUGCAGUCAAAAGCUUCAAUUACGAUUAUUCCUAUUUUUCCAUGGACCCAAACGAUGGCAAUUACUCUUCUCAAAUCAUGGUCUACAAAGAUAUUGGCGAGGAGAUGCUCGAGCACGCUUUCGAAGGCUACAAUGUUUGCAUAUUCGCAUACGGACAGACCGGCGCCGGCAAAUCGUACACCAUGAUGGGCAAGCAGGAGGAAGGUCAAGAGGGUAUUAUCCCCCAAAUUUGCAAGGAUCUCUUCAGGAAAAUAAGUCGCAACUCGAACGAAUGCUUGAAGUACUCAGUGGAAGUCAGUUACAUGGAAAUUUACUGCGAGAGGGUGCGAGAUCUAUUGAACCCCAAGAACAAAGGGAACCUCCGUGUGCGAGAACAUCCUCUUCUUGGACCGUACGUCGAGGAUCUUUCGAAAUUGGCUGUGAUGUCCUAUGAAGACAUUCACGAUCUCAUAGAUGAGGGUAAUAAAGCAAGAACCGUAGCAGCCACAAAUAUGAACGAGACGUCGAGCAGAUCCCACGCAGUAUUCACAAUUUUCUUCACGCAACAGAAACAGGACUCGGCAACAGGACUGGUGACAGAGAAAGUCAGCAAAAUCUCGUUAGUCGAUCUAGCAGGUUCUGAAAGGGCGGACUCCACUGGAGCGAAGGGCACCCGAUUGAAAGAGGGUGCUAACAUCAACAAAAGUUUGACCACCCUCGGAAAGGUCAUCAGUGCCCUGGCUGAAAUAGCGGCGACUAAGAAAAAGAAAAAGGCCGACUUCAUCCCUUACAGAGACUCGGUUCUAACAUGGUUGCUGCGAGAAAACCUGGGUGGUAACUCGAAGACAGCGAUGAUCGCAGCAGUAAGCCCCGCGGACAUCAAUUACGACGAAACACUUUCUACUUUGAGAUACGCAGACAGAGCGAAACAGAUAGUUUGCAAAGCAGUGGUUAACGAGGAUGCGAAUGCCAAGCUUAUUAGGGAGCUCAAGGAAGAGAUCCAAAAACUACGGGAGCUCCUCAAGCAAGAGGGUAUUGACGUUCAAGAAGGGCCAGAUGGUAAAGUCACAUAUGAAAAGAAAGAAUCUAGAGACGAAAUCGUUAGAGCAAACAAACGCGAGGACGAUAUCAAGGAAAGCCGGUCAAGAAUCCCGUCUCACACCACGUCAACAAUUGCGGAGGAAGCGGUUGAUCAAUUGCAGGCUUCAGAGAAACUGAUUGCCGAAUUGAAUGAAACGUGGGAAGAAAAGCUGAAACGAACAGAGUUGAUUCGUCUUCAACGAGAGGCAGUAUUUGCUGAAAUGGGAGUAGCUGUGAAAGAGGACGGUGUCACUGUUGGUGUGUUCUCUCCGAAGAAAACUCCUCACUUGGUGAACCUGAAUGAGGAUCCACUGAUGUCCGAGUGUCUGAUUUAUUACAUCAAGGAUGGUGUUACGCGUAUUGGCAGCGCUGAAGCUAACAUACCACAAGACGUUCAGCUCUGUGGCCCACAUAUACUGAGCGAGCACUGUGUCUUUGAGAAUCACGAUGGCAUUAUCACUUUAAUGCCAAAAGAAGGAGCCUUGAUUUACGUGAACGGCCGCGAGAUCACAGAACCAGUCAUUUUGAAGACCGGAUCUCGAGUUAUCUUAGGAAAAAAUCAUGUGUUCAGAUUCAAUCAUCCUGAACAAGUUCGUGAACGAAGGGAAAAAAGCUCACCUGCAGAAACACCUGCUAAUGGAGAAACCGUUGAUUGGAACUUCGCGCAGGUCGAGUUAUUGGAAAAUCAAGGAAUUGAUCUCAAGGCUGAGAUGGCAAAGAGGGUGUUGGUGCUUGAAGAGCAAUUCCGUAAAGAGAAGGAAGAGGCAGAUCAGCUGUUCGAAGAACAAAGAAAGAGCUACGAAGCCCGGAUAGACGCACUACAAAGACAAGUGGAGGAACAAAGUAUGACAAUGUCAAUGUAUAGCAGUUACACUCCCGAGGACUUCAACAACAUCGAAGAGGAUAUCUUCGUCAACCCCUUGUUUGACGCAGAGAGCAACUGGACCGAGAGAGAGUUCCAACUGGCCGCUUGGGCUUUCCGCAAGUGGAAGUAUCAUCAAUUUACAAGUCUUCGGGAUGAUCUCUGGGGCAACGCGAUAUUCCUCAAAGAGGCUAACGCUAUAUCUGUCGAACUCAAAAAGAAGGUACAAUUUCAAUUCACUUUGCUCACGGAUACGCUUUACUCGCCACUUCCACCGGAUCUUUUACCGUCAAUGGACGAAGACGAAGAGGAAGAAAGACCAUUCCCUCGUACGAUAGUCGCCGUAGAGGUCCAAGAUACGAAGAACGGAGCCACACAUUAUUGGACGUUAGAUAAACUCAGACAGCGCUUGGAGCUGAUGCGACACGUGUACAACGAGGACUCGAGCCCCAGCACCCCGGAGGCCAAAGAGGAUAUUUUCCAAUGCCUUACGGUCUACUCUAAUCCGAAGUUCUCGCUCGCAAAUCUUUUGCCUUCGAGACAAAGGCUUGAACUGAUGCGGGAAAUGUAUCACAAUGAAGCAGAAUUGUCGCCCACGUCUCCAGAUUUUAAUAUUGAAUCUAUCACCGGGGGCGAUCCGUUUUAUGAUCGUUUCCCAUGGUUCCGAAUGGUUGGAAGGUCAUUUGUAUAUCUGAGCAAUCUUAUGUACCCUGUCCCACUGAUCCACAAAGUAGCGAUAGUCAAUGAGAAGGGAGAUGUAAAAGGCUAUUUACGCGUAGCCGUGCAAGCUGUAGUUGAAGAGGAAAACAGCGAGUACUCAAGCGGCGUUAGACAGUCAGCUAGAAUUUCCUUCGAGGAUGACCUAUUCGGCAAUCAGAAGCAAAAUAAGCGCAACACUCUACUGACUCAAACCUUGGAAAAAAAUCGACAGAUUUUAUUGCACGAGGAACGCGUUGUUGAGGGUCACAACGAGCAAAAGGAUGUGAAGGACGAGGACGACAUUGGCGAUGCUGAUAGCGGCAGAGGAGACAGUUCUGUUUCCAGCGAUAUGAAGGAAGAAGAUCUGCCAGAUCAUUUGCAACCAGGUUCUGAGUUCACAUUCAGGGUAACCGUACUGCAGGCAAUAGGCAUUUCUACAGAAUACGCCGAUAUUUUCUGCCAAUUCAAUUUCUUGCACCGUCAUGAUGAAGCGUUCUCAACAGAACCGGUCAAGAAUACAGGAAAAGGAAAUCCACCAGGGUUUUAUCACGUACAAAAUAUUACUGUGACGGUGACAAAAUCGUUCUUGGAGUAUCUGAAGACUCAACCAAUCGUGUUCGAGGUGUUCGGACACUAUCAGCAGCAUCCUCUGCACAAAGAUGCCAAAUUGGAAUACAUUCAUCCCAACAGCGUCAGACAACCACCGAAGAGGAUGUUACCGCCAUCAAUACCGAUCAGUCAACCGGUACGCUCGCCUAAGUUUGGAAGUGUGUUGCCGUCACCUAGCACAUCGCACGUACAUGCGAAAUACGACGUGUUGGUUUGGUUCGAGAUCUGCGAAUUGGCGCCUAACGGCGAAUAUGUGCCGUCGGUAGUUGACCACAGCGACGAUCUACCUUGUCGUGGGCUCUUCCUGCUUCACCAAGGCAUUCAGCGUCGCAUUCGAAUCACUAUCGUUCACGAGCCGGCGUUUGAAUUACGUUGGAAAGACGUCAGAGAGUUGGUGGUCGGACGUAUCAGAAACACACCGGAGCCCGAGGAAGAGGACAACGAUUCUUCCGUGCUCUCGUUGGGUCUGUUCCCUGGCGAAUAUCUCGAAGUACCUGGAGACGACAGAUGCAUGUUUAGAUUCGAGGCGGCUUGGGACAGCUCGCUUCAUAAUUCAGCUUUGCUUAACAGAGUCACAGCCUAUGGGGAACAAAUCUUCAUGACCAUCUCUGCAUACCUUGAAUUAGAGAACUGUGGAAGACCAGCUAUCAUUACUAAAGAUCUGAGCAUGAUCAUCUAUGGCAGAGAUGCCAGAGUAGGACCACGGUCGUUGAAGCAUUUGUUCAGCGGAAGCUAUCGUAAUCAGGAGGCUAACAGACUCAGCGGUGUCUACGAGUUAGUCCUGCGUCGUUCUUCGGAAGCAGGUAGCCCAGGUGUACAAAGGCGACAGCGACGGGUGUUGGAUACAAGCUCCACUUACGUCAGAGGAGAAGAGAAUCUCCAUGGAUGGAGACCACGAGGAGAUAGCCUAAUAUUUGAUCAUCAAUGGGAACUGGAGAAAUUGACCAGGUUAGAGGAAGUGGAGCGAGUCAGAUACAUGUUACUUUUAUGGGAUAAGCUUUGUAUCGACAUAGUCCCAUAUUGCAAUAAGACACCACACGAUUUCACGAAAGGCGAAAAGGAGGUUUGCAAUAUGAUGGCAAAAGCAACGAAUGAACCACAUGCUAGCCCAGUGAAGCUCAAACGUUCAACAAGUAAAGACGUUAACGAGCAUUGUGAAUUAACCGAAAAGGAGAAAGAAUUAGCGAUGAAAUACAUCAAACUAAUUCAGGGUCGAAUCCCAAGCAAAGAACCUAUUAUUCUCUCUGACGUUUCACCUGGCGAAGACACUAUGGCUGAUAUGUCGGCAUCCAUGAUGUCUUCCGUGAUAUCGUCCUCGUCCCAAGAGUCAGUAUACGCGAGAACUAGUGAUUACUUAGAGCAGGCUGCUGGUAUAAUAGUAUGGAGCAGGACUAAGUCGUGCAUCCUUAGGUUGAGUUCACCGGAGAGGGCUAGACUACAGGAACUACAGGACAGUAUAUUGGCAAGUGAAUCCAACAACCAAACAUGCACCGUCGCACCAGCGCCGUUAGGUUCCUCCUCCCCCUCGAAAGAGAAUUUGGUGCUCUACGUGCCAGAAGUUGAAGAAAUCCGUAUCAGUCCGGUUAUUGCCAGAAAGGGAUACCUAAAUGUUCUCGAGCACAAGACUAACGGCUGGAAAAAACGUUGGGUGGCUGUACGACGACCAUACGUUCUAAUCUUCCGAGAAGAGAAGGAUCCCGUAGAAAGGGCUCUCAUCAAUUUAGCUACCGCUCAAGUCGAAUACUCUGAAGAUCAAUUAGCUAUGGUCAAAGUACCAAAUACUUUCAGCGUUGUUACAAAACAUCGGGGAUACUUGUUGCAAACUUUAGGGGAUAAAGAAGUUUACGACUGGCUUUAUGCUAUUAAUCCCCUUCUCGCUGGUCAAAUCAGAUCAAAGCUAGCGCGCAAAGGUCCGACAGCUGCAAAUCUAAAUAACGCUUCGCCUGUCGGUCUAGCUCCACCGAUAGAGCAACAAUCGAACCAAAACAAGUGAGUGGUCGAAACGUUGGCCGAGGUAACAAGCGUCAUAACAAAAGCCUCCGAGAAGGUGCUGUACUGGUCGCACUCGGCCUUCGAGUCCCACGAUCUCUGUAGCUUUCGAUUUUCGGUAGUCUUCGAUUAUUAAAACGGCUCGGAAAAGCAUAUCGAUCGGCUACCAACUUCGACAGCCGCCGAAUAUAUCUUGACAUCUGCUUUAGCGAUCGUCCGACCGAUCACGGCUGACGAUCGUUUAGAGAAGAUGGGAAAAGAAGUAAAAUCACUAACUAUAAACGAAACGUAAUUCGUCUUUCGAAACAAAUGUUACACGCGUUCGAAUUGUAUUUAAAGACAACAAAUUAUUGUUUCGGUGUUGCGAGCUGGGCGCGCGAACCUCUCCGUUCGUUUCAUGGAUCAUUGAUCGAAACGUCGUUAAACGUUGACGAGGCACUGCGAACCAAGCGAGCCUGCAAUACCUUCUUACAUCGUAUUUGAAUUUCUCGAUAUUAGUCGAUCAUACGAAGCGAUUCUCUUUAAGCACGGAACCGCAUAGUGACGAAGAGGAACGUAUUUAUGCCUAAAUAAAACAUUCCUAAGACGAUCAUAGAAAAGAGACAAGAGAUAUACACACUUGUAGGUAUACCCAUAAGAGAUGUGUGUGCGAAAGAUAGCAAGAAAGAGAGGGAGAGAAAGGGAGAUAGACGAUGGGACGAAGUAGUGAGAUUACGAAUUUUUGCGUGUUCAUGAUUGGAGAUUAUACACCGAGAAAAAGGGUGCGAAUUGUUUCGUACGGGUUGAGUCGGUGAGCGUUGAAUAAUUCAUAGUGUAUUCAUUUUACGAAUUAAGUUCGUAUGUGUGACCGUCAUCAAAAUGAUCCUUUCAUACCCCAUCCUGUCUUGUUUCACAUCCUUAGUACGUCUGAAGCCUCGGAUAUCGAACAACCAAGGAGAGAUUAUUUUUGUUUUAUUUUACUGUGGAUACAAAUUUGAAUUAAAUCAUAUUUUCAAUUCGUUUACGUACAUUUUCAACGGUGAACGAUUCCCAGUAUUAUUUAAAACCAACUAAUUGCAUAUAUAGUAAAGCUUCCGCGUUUUCUUCUUCUAUUUAUUUACUAAUAUGAUUGCACUAAGUUCUGUGUAAAAUAUACAUAAUUAUUUAAAGAACGAAUAUAUCUGUCUUAGUCUCAAAGAUCGCAGAGUUUUAAUCAGAAAAAUCCCCCCCGAGGCAAAUUAAUUUCUCGGUCGUUUAUAAAAGCGAUGGAGUACACUGAAGUACGCCGCGCUCCUGUUGCCGUUUUUGCUUGCUAACUGUUGUAGAAUCUGAUAGUUUUAUUUUGUUAACUAUGGCAUACUUAUUGUGAAGAACGAGAGAUCAUAAUCGAAUAAGUUGUAUGCACUCGACGCUUAACCCUUUGAAGCAAGAAUUUAGGCGAGUAAAUUGAUAGGAUCAUCAGUAAUUUCUGUUGCCUUUCAACGUGUAAAUUUUUCAUUUUUAAUAUACCUACAUGUACCAUUGAUCGAGUUAGAAAGUAUUAUAUAUAUAUGUUAUAUAUAUAUAUAAUAACGUUUACGUUACAUUUCUUGUAAAAGUAUAGUCACAUUUCCACAUGUAAAUUGUGGUCUUCGUUAUUGAGGACACUAUUACAGCAUAGUUAAUUAUUUAUAUUUGUAAAUUGAAUGUAACUACGUCAUGCAUUUAAUUUAUAUAUUAUAUGAUAUAGCUAUGAUCAUAAAUUAUUGCGUAUGUGAUAUUUAAAUAUAUUAUUUGACGUUGCUUUAUGAACACAUUGUUGACGAGUCACGACAUACUCGGGUCCUCAUGCACAAAUGUUGUUGAUCUGCCGCGAGUAUGUUCAUAUAUGCACACGCAUCAGCUUAUGCAGUUGUAUAUGCAUUUUAUUACUUUGGCUAAUGCAUCAUGCCAAAGUACAAAAUUGUAUAAAUUGUCGUUGUAGUAUCAUUUAUUUUAUUGAACAAUGUUCAAUUGCUUUAUUGAAUUAUGAAAAUAGUCAACGAUGCGUGUCAUCAGAAGACAACCAGUCAACAAUGUGUUAAAUAGAAUAACGUUUAGUUUAAUUUAAUUUAUUUAAAUAAUUUUCGUAAAACGGAGAUUCAAAUGUAUCAGUUUUAUUAAUCUUAUCUUUGUGUAUUUAUAACCGAAGGCUCUUUGGGUAGAAGAGACAGUUUUUAAUUAUACGAAUAAGCGAUGGAUCAUAUUACUGUGAAGAGAUUAACUAUCAAUUUAUCAAAGUUUGUUACAAAGCAACUUGGAAAAUAUAAUUAUAAACAACUUACCAACUUCAUUUGCUUUAGAGAAAAAAUAAAAUUUACUCUGAAAAUUGGA